AUGACAGCAUUCUCUUCUAGACCACUCAAUAAGACCACCCCAACUUUCCUCACUCAGAUACGUAAACACCCUUUCGUACUAUUCGGUCUGCCAUUCGUCGGUAUAAUCGUGGCUUCAUCUUUCGCUUUGAGCUCAUUCACUCAGACGAGGUAUGAUUAUCAGCAGAGUAAAGUGCAGAGUGUAGGUGCAGAGGAAGGACUGGGGAUGAGAAGUGAUAGGAGGAAAGUGGAUUUGAAAGAGGAGUAUUACCGCUUGAAUGCCCCUUCGUCCCAGAUAUCUUCACUAUCCAGCCCUGAUUCGGCCUUAAACGCAGACCUGGCACCAUCACCAUCGAUACCCAGGAAACCCAAGAAAUCCAAAUUCUCCAUGAGUCCAGUCUCUCAGGAUGACUACGAACCUGUCAGAGUACCUAGACCCGAGGGCGUACCCGAAUGGGGAGGUGGGAGAGGAGGUGAAGAAGCUCCGUUGAAAGGUCAGAGAAAGACUGAUAGGUGGGUAUGA